AUGACUACACAUAAUAGAGGCAUUGUAGUUCUCUCCGGGGGCAGCGCAGCAAACAAUCUCGUGGAUGUUUUCAAUGCGGUGCGCGAGAGCAAGGACUGUUUAUUGAGCUAUAUCAUCCCUAUCAGUGACAAUGGAGGCUCAUCAUCUGAAUUGAUCCGGAUAUUCGGGGGGCCUGGAAUUGGCGAUGUGCGAAGUCGACUCGUCCGAUUAAUCUCAGAGUCACCCCCGGAUUCAGAACGGGCAGCCAUCAGGACUCUGUUCAACCACCGACUUUCAGCAGAUGCAGCGGAAGCCCAGGGGGGUUGGUAUUCGAUAGUAGAGGGCACCUCCGAUCUAUGGAAGCGUAUCACACCCGCAAAGAAGGAGCUCAUACGCUCCUUUUUCAACAUGCUGAAUCUCGAGAUCCUGAAGCGUGCUCGACCACCGGCAUCGACCUUCGACUUUACCUCAGCCAGCGUGGGCAACUUAUUCCUAACCGGCGCUCGUCUCUUCUGUGGUAGUUUUGAGAGUGCGAUUUACCUCCUGGGGAAUAUCUGCGGUGUACCGGAGACCGUCCGUGUGAUCCCGGCCAUCAACUCGAACUUCUCGCACCACAUUUCAGCAUCCCUUGCGAACGGUACCGUCAUCGUGGGACAGAACAGUAUCUCACACCCGAGUGAGGCGACAGCCCUCCAGCCCAAACCAGGUUCCCGCCGUCCUAGUCUACUCCUAGCCGACGGCGACGGCGACGAUAGUCUCGAAGCCACGGAACCUUCAGACGCGGCUGAUGCAGUCUCGUACGGAGAUGACCAUCUCCCUGGCUCCCUGCCCACUUUACGGAACAAAAACAUCCAAUUCAGCAAGUCAAAUAAUGAGGACCUCCCAGCGCGCAUCACCCGCAUCUGGUACAUCAAUCCUUACGGCCAGGAGAUCCGGCCUCCUGCUAACCCGCGCGUGCUGGAAGCCCUUCUCGAUGCACAAGCUAUUAUCUACAGCAUCGGAUCUCUUUACACAUCUAUCAUACCUUCCAUGAUCCUCCGCGGCGCGGGGCAGAAUAUCGUCUCGAGUUCGGCACGGCAUAAGAUUCUCAUUGUCAACGGCAGCCUUGAUCGCGAGACAGGACCGCCUACGGAACCAUUUACUACAGUUGACUUUGUGGAAGCUAUCACGCGAGCUGGCGAGGAGAGUCGCGGACGUGGGCCACUUGAGUUCCCUACACCUCCAGCAACCUCGACGAAUAAAUUACCCUAUAAUUCCUACGUCACACACAUCCUCCACCUCGAAGGCCCGGGAACACCAUAUGUAGACCGGGAGCGCCUUGCCGAAAUGGGAAUUGAGACUCUCCGUCUCUACGGACGGAAGAUCGUUGUCAAGGAUGAUAAAACAGGCGAGGAGGUGACGAUUGGGAUGAAAUACGAUCCGAAAGCGCUGGUGCAGGCUUUGGAGGUUGUACUGGGGAAGAGGGGCGAUGGGAUACUUCGUGGAGCGGCGGGAAGUUGUUUGGGGAGGAGAAAUACGUUGGAUCCAGGGAGGAAGAGGGGAGAGAAGAAGCGUGAGGCUAGUUGA